ACUGCGUCCGCGGCUGGCGGCACAAGCAGACAGAGCAUCUCGUCCUCGCUCCAGAACCAGGGCUCCAUCUCCUCGGCCCCCGGAGUGCUGCCGGACUUGCCGGGGUGGGGGGGGGGGGGAGGCGGGGGGCCCCUGCUCACGGGAAUAAUGGUGUUUAUUGGCAACGCGUUCAAGUCUGUCAUUAAAUACUUCAAGAAGAAGAAGGCGGUGUCUAAUCUGGACGAGGAGAGCAAGUGGGCAGUUCACUAUGCGGCUCCUUGGCACCAGCAGGAAAACGUCUUCCUGCCCACGAAUCGGCCUGCCUGCGUGGAAGACCUGCACCGGCAGGCUAAGGUCAACCUCAAGAACGUGCUACGAGACUGUGACAAACUGAGGAAGGAUGGCUUCCGCAGCUCGCAGUACUACUCCCAGGGCCCCAUGUUCUCCGGCUCCAACAUGUCGGAUGACAGCGCGCAGGAGGACGAGGACAUGGACAAGAAGUCCGAGGUCUCGUCAGAGGACGAGGAGGAGCCGACGUUGCCGGUGAGGCCCCGGACACCCCAGCCGGCAGACAGUAAUGAUGCAGCUGGUAGCGGCUGGAGCAAGACCAUGCCCCUGCCCACCCCAGAGGAAAGAAUGAGGCAGCAGGCUCAGGCGGUGCAGACCGACAUCGUCCCCAUUAACAUCACCGGGGAGACUUUUGACCGGCAGGCCAGCAUCCGCCGCUCCUUAGUUAACACUGACACGGUCGUCAGGCGGCCCAAGAAAGUCAAAAGGAGAAAGACAAUAACAGGGGUUCCUGACAGCAUCCAGAAGGAACUAGCAGUGACAGGGCACGGCGACCUCCGCCCUCACUCCAUGUACAUACCUGGUCAGUACUCUACGCUGGGCCGAGUCGGCAGCAUGAACUCAGGGCAACGCCACUCUAACACCCGCGACUCCAGCUGCCAGACAGAGGAAGUGAAAGUUGUCCCCCCUUCCAUGCGGAGGAUCCGGGCACAGAGGGGCCAAGGCAUCGCGGCUCAGAUGGCCGCCUCCUCAGGGACCCUCCCUAUAGCGAGCGACAGCUCCAGCACCAUCUUCGCCCCACAGCAUAACGGAGGCAGUCAGCGUUUCCAUAGCUUGCCCCGCCAGGGAGCCCGUAUCUCCUUGAACUUCGAGCCCGGCUACAGCAGGGCCCCCUACAGGCCAGAGGACUGCUCAGCGGGAGCGCUACCUAAACGGAUUGGCGCAUUACAGGCCGACGGUACCACGGUGCAGUUGCGGAAUUCCCCCAAGGCGAUAGUGCGACCCAAGUCCGAGGAAGUGAGGAGCACAUUGAGUGAGCAGGCCAUAGUGGGUCCGGCCUGCACGGUCUCUCCUCAUGCUGCCUACUCCACCUCGCUCAUCCCCAAUGCUACAUUGUCAUGCUCAUCUGAGGUCAUCACUAUCCACACGGCAAACAGCUGUAGCGGGCUGGGCAGCCCGCAGAUGCAGUCUGUCUCCUCCUACCCAAACGACCGGCCCCUCAGUACCGCCGUGGUGAACGGCGGGUCAUGCCAAGCUCAGUCGGCCGCCUCCUCCCGCCGUGACUCAGCCGUGUCCCUCAGCACCAGCACUGAGGUCGAUUCCCAGUGCAGUACCCUGAACGGGACAAAAGGAAGGAAGAGCCAGGAUACCUCAAGCGAGUCUAGCUACUCAGGCGGAAGCUUACAGAGUCAAAGCACAGUCGCCGCCGACCAGUGGGUCAACGACACCCCAGAGAACAUUCUACCGAAGAGGCCCCUCACCUCCAGCUGCUCUACCCCGACAAAUCAUAUUUACAGCAGCCCCGAGAGAUCCUCAAACAAGACGGAUGCCAGUUCUCUGCACUCCAUGGACAAUGACGGAUACUACACUUCCAUGCACACGGAUUCCGGCAUCAGGACCCGGAGCCAUAAUAACAUGCGUGGUAAAAUGAGGCACAGUAUGUACGAAUGCCGCAUGUACGACGUCCAGGACGACCCCUCCGGCUUCUACAGUGACAGAUCCUUAUCCCGGAGCAUCUCCCUCCGCAAGUCGAGGAAGCCCCCGCUGCCACCGGCUCGGACAGACUCCUUACGACGCAAGCCAGGGAAGAAGACCAGCGCUAAUGGAUCGGUCCUUAAUGAGACUCUAAUUGCCACCCUGCAGCAGACUCUGCAGAUGGGCAUGAAGGGCAAAGCGAGUCCAUCAUCCUCUCAGAGCCCCUGCAGCGACUACGAGGAUCCUUGGGUGCCGCGUCCGCGGAGUCAGAGCAGCGUAAGUGCUGGGAGCAGCGGCUUGUCGGCCUCCAUGGCAAACGUUUACUAUAUCUGUCCGGUUACACCAUCGCAAAGUGACACGAGUAGCCUGCGCUCAGACUACACCGAGACCUGGGGUUACUAUCCCGACUACCCUCGGCAACAUGGGGAGCAACCGCAUUCCCCAACUAGCUCCAGCGGUGCCCCUCCCGAGUUCUCCAAUGGAAGUUGUCUGCCCAGCAUGUCGCAAGCAUCGCGGCCAGAAAGCCAGGACCGCGCAGCGGUGGUCAAGCCUAAAACUUCCUCCCCGGACAGAGUGCAUAGACUCACUUCCCCCUCCAGCGGCUACUCCAGCCAAUCCAACACACCCACGGCAGGCACCCCCAUACCCUCUGGCAUGAGGUCAAUGUCUCCAGCAGGAGCAAAGUCCAAGCCCAAGGUACCUGAAAGAAAGUCUUCUCUGCUGUCUUCUACAUCUGUGUCAUCAUCCUCCACGUCCUUGUCCUCCAACACCUCAGAUUCAGCAAAAAAACCCCCACCUCCUCCACCUCCACCCCUGCCUGGCCUCCAUACUUCCCCAUCAGUGUCGCCAACCUUCACACUUCAUGAUUCUAGAGAACCACUAUUCAGUCCACCUCCUCCACCGCCUCUCCCCCCCUCUACCCCUGCAUAUGUGGGUGGGAAAAUGAUCCCUCCUCUACACAGAACUCCUGAGACACCUGAGAUGUCCUCCUAUAGCUCUUCUUCAGACUUUCCUCCCCCUCCACCAGAACUUUUGUUUGAUUCUGGCUUGCCAGUCAGUAGUGACUUCUCUCCACCUCUUCCCCCUCCGCCUCCUCCUCUGCCACAUACUGUUCCCAAGACACCUCUACGACCUCCAUUGCAUGCUAUGAUCACACCAGCGGCUCCACCUUUCGGCAUUAAAGGUCAGAAAGAAUCUCUCAGACUUGUGAAUGCUGAUUUCAAGGAGAACAUAGCCAAAGAGUCAAAAUUACCUCCAAUGCCCCUGAUCACUGCCCAAGCUCUUCAGAUGGUGCAACUUAGGUCUGUCAAGAAACUUGAACAUGAGGGAGGUGUUCCUACCAAAGCCCAGGACAUAGGACGUGCCUUAGAGUCCAACAAGCCUAAAACACCAGAAAAGCCUCAAAAAGUGGAACCUCCUAAUGUGUUGUCAUUGGCUGUGUGCUCCUCUCGUGCUGUAAAUGAAACUGAGAUGCAGCUGUCAUCUACCAAGAGAUUUGGCCAGGAGGCUGGUGAUCUGGAAGACACACAGAGUGAAAGCUUGGUGGGCCACCACAGCGACUCUGUGUCCCCAGAAGAGUCCCCGCAUCAGUUGUCCCCUACUGUUCCAGCAGUAGCAUCACUAAAUUUUACACCCAAGAAGAAACCUCCAGUUGUCUCUAAGAAGCCAAAACUCAUACUAAAGGUGUCUCAGUCUCCCCCUCAGCCUGUUUCAGAAGAGAGGCAACCUGAAGUUGUGGACGGGGAGAUGGUUGUGGGGUUGAGUCCCCAGACUGGGUUGUCGGUGUCAGGGAUGGCAGAAGGCCCUGGUGCGACCCAGCAGCAGCACAUGGAAGAUCAUUCUGGAAGCUCCACCACACCCAUGACACAGGGCAGCGAGGCCUCCUCAGAAAGCCUACAAGAAGCCAAGACCUGCACAGCGGUAAGCCAGGAGCUCCCCUUCAUGGGUGAGAAGAGCAUUUCGGAUGGACACAGAGACAGAGAGCAAGAUCCCAGUAACACCAUGGACUCCAUCAGCUCAAAGGAAGAAGACAAUGGCGACAUAUUUGAGGAUUCCGUCGUAUCCUGCUCCACACCAGUUGCCGACGCAGAUGUCUGUGAGGACAUGGUGACGCCCACGCGACCCCGGACAACCGAGGACCUUUUCGCCGCCAUUCACAGGUCCAAACGGAAGGUGUUGGGCCGGAGGGAGUCUGAGGAGGAACGGUCGCGGGGCCAUUCGCCGUCGCCCCCGGUAACGCCUACGAGCAGCUCCCCCAGCUUGGCCUCACUGCCCCGCCAGGCGAGUUCCGUCCAGCGCAGCCUCCGUAAGUCGGCCACCAGCAGCGACAACUUCAAGGCCCUGCUGCUGAAGAAGGGCAGCCGCUCUGAGACCGGCUUCCGCAUCUCCGCCACCGAGAUGCUCAAGAACACAGACCCUCGUUUCCAGCGGACGCGCUCCGAGUCCUCCCUGGAGUUCUCAGCACCGGACAGCCCCGGCGGGUCUCCUAGCCACGGAAAGCAGGUGAUGGAGGAGUGGGCUCGUAGUGAAGGCUUCUCGCCACGCUUCCCUGGCAUUGGCUCCUCCUCCUUGGGGGGGUCCCGGUAUGGGCGGUCUCGGACACCACCCUCAGCGGCCAGCAGCAGGUACAACGCUCGCAGCCGCAUUCCGAGCAGCCCCAUGACUGUCAUCUGCGAGGGGGACGGUGAACUGAUGGAGGCCGGCGACGACUGUGAGGAAGUAGGGAGCCCCCUGCAGGAUCCUAAUGGCACUUCACACAACAACGAUGGCAGUUAAAUAGGAGGGACAGCUUUGGACUAGAAGCUAUGCCCCAGGGCUGCUGGUCCCGGGUUUGAAGUGGACACCGGUUUUACAACAGUUUUUACCACUAACAUCCUGUCAUUUUAACGUCUGUUUCCAAAAGCAGUGGCAAGAUUUCCAAAGCCAAGGUGAGCGUUCUGUUUUAGUCGGGUUUGGGUUGAUUUCUUCUUCUGAAAGACAGAGUAGGUGUGAGAAGGAUGGACCGUAAACUAAUGCUGAAAGGAAGUCAUUGGAGAAUGUGGAUCCUAUAUAGUAACUAUUAUUUAACAGAAAAGCAUUGUUUAAUAGUUUUGGGAAAGUGAAAUAGAAAGCCUUUCAUUUUAGCCCUGUAGAUGCCUUCCUUUGCCUUUGGGUGAGUGGUGAAGAUGGCAGCUGGGCCAAUAGCUGAAAAUAUGUGACAUCUAAUUUCCUCUUUACAUGAACAGGCCGAACGAGAAAGGAGGUAGAGAUAAGAUGGAUUUUCUGCAAGUUUGGCAGAUCUUAAUAGUGUCAUAUGAGUUAGUAGAUUUGCACUCUUGGUUGUUUUUCGGUAGUGUUGUGUAAAAAAGAUGUUAGGAUAAUUUACUAAGUGGAGAUGAAGAAUUGUAUGUGAAACUUACUUGAAAAAUCACAAAGUCCCGUUUUACUUGUGAAUGUUUAGUUACCAAAGAACUAAUAAGAUUUAGUCUGGAUUAUUAUAAGGAUGUGAGACAAGUCUGAUGGAUUGUUCUAGACUGGAUGUGGCCAAUCUUGUAAUGGAAACAGAAUCUUAUCUAGACUCACCAUUAAUUUAACUUUAACUUUCUAUAAUAGAUUUCUUUCCUGUGAGGUUUUGUACUUUUUUUGUAAAUAUAUAGACUGUAAAAGUAACAUUUUGACUUAUUUUUCACAGAAUUUGUACAUUUUUAGUACUUUGUUAUGAAAACACAGGGAGUGUAUCCUUUUGUAGACUAUUUAUUUUAGCAUAGUGAAAAAAUGGAUGUAAUUAACCCCCUCCCUGUGUGAUAAGGAAGUGGGGGGCCCUACAGGCCUAAAUAUGCUGUUUUGGGUCUGAACGACGAGGCCUUACAAAGCUGGCGGGGGUGAAAUCGGUGCCACAUUGUAAAAUGUUCCUCUUGCUUUCAGCAGUAGCAAUAGCCUCUUGAAUGUCUGCUGCUGGCAAAGGUGAACAUUGGAAAAUCUAUGACCGUCAACGCAAAUAUGUCCAAUACACUGAAUUUUAUUUUGUCUUAAGUAUGUGUUUAACAAAUAAAAUAAUUUGUUAACUGAGU